CCUUCACGCAACAUGAACAGCAGCAGCGCCUUGCCAUCUUUGUCAAAGCAAGACAAAGAUCGGAUUACAACCAUCGCGCUGGCAGCUGCCCACGAACUGAUUCGUCAUGCCAAUGUUGAUGCCAGCAACGACCAUAUUCAAUGGACGCUGCAGCGCCAUCAAGCCGAUUUGGACAUGUACGAAGGGGUUACAGUGCCCUCACCGGCUAAGAAGUCGCCCACGUUGGGCCUCUUUUGCAGUGUCACACAUGUUUCAGCCACGUUAGACGAAGUGAUUGGCUUGCAAAACAGCCCCACCACGCUGUCGCAACGCGACGUUGUGGCGGUGCCAUUGUAUACGAUCUUGCCCCAAGCCCACCUGCAGCAGCAGCAGUCUCCCCAAGCACACACGAUGACCGUCGAUCGGUUAAUAGUCCAGUCCAUCCGAUUCAAUAGUGUGUUGGACCGGUUGAUUAUUCGACCUCGACAUGCGAUAGUGUUGGAGUGCGACGCAAGUUUCGAUGCUGGAGGGGGCAAGCGGGGUUGGCUGCGGGUACAAAAGUCGCUCGAGUUGCCUCAAGUUCAACACUACUAUGCGGGCAGGGGGUGCGUAUUCGACACCAACAUGCACCUGGACCAGCGUCCAUCCGGGCAAGUGUACGUUGAAGCGUCCAGAUCCAUCCGGCGAAAGCCUUGUUCGACGGUCGUGGCAACGAGUAUGUCCCACUGUGACUUUGGCGGCCGCGUGCUGGAAUGGGUGGUGGCUACGUCACUCAAACAAAGGUGUCGCCAGCCGCUAGUUCAUUUGGAUCGUCGGCUUCGAGAACAACGGCUAAGUCGGGGGCCGUGGGUUCAGAUUGAACAUUGCGUGCCAUUGAAGUCGAAGCGGGCGUGCUUUCGUUGCCACAAGAAAUUUCGUGUCCUCGCCGGCAACUGCCGCGCACAUUGCCGCAAAUGUGGACAGGUCGUGUGCUCCAACUGUAUCCGCACCUGGAGCGUAUACGUCCAUGGCGCAGUCCAGACAAUGCCAGCGUGUACUGUAUGUUCGGUGCGCCCUUGGUCCCAACUUGCCAGCAACUCCGUCCUCGGUAGUAGUCCCGGGUGUUCAUUGGAAUACAUCGACUCGGUCGUCCAUCGUCGCAGUGUCUCGAGCGACAGCCGAACGGACACGUUUUGCUCCAACAGGAUAGGCACCCCCCUGCAAAGUUGUCUGUGCCAUGAUUUGUGCACGCCGUCAUGACGACGACGACGGAGGAAUUGAAUUCGUAUAAUUAGAUUUGAUAUGAAUUUCCAAAUGCCGUCAACACUCAUGCUGGAGACACUUUGUCAUUCGUCUCUUGACAGCAACGACAUCGUGGACGUUGACUGGAACGAAGCCUGACCAGUGGGGGGGACAAAGUAACAAUAAUAUAUUACGAG